AUGGCAUCCCAUCCUGCCCAGCCAUUGGAGCUGAAUGGGACAAAUGCUUCUGUUCGAGCUUACAUCGAAAACACGUUGGCAACUCUAGUCCACGGAUUGACCCUGCCUCCAUCAGAGGCACAUCUCUCGCUCAUCCUCAAGCGCCGGGCCAAUUCAGCAUCUUGCAUGAUCAACCCCGUCACAGGAGCUCUGGAGGCAUGCCCGAGAGUGGAGUCUACCCGAACUUAUUCUUGGCCUGGAAAGACGGUAUAUGAGGAAUGGAAGUUCAGUAUGACUUGUUUCUCCAGCGACACCUUGAUCCCUCGAAUAGAGGAUGGGGACCAAAUCGACAUUUCACAAAUUCGAUGGGUACUGGUAAUUGAGAAGGAGGGAAAAGGUUAUCCAGACCUCUCAACCCGCAUGUUUUUGCGCACAUUAUUUGACCUGGCAUCGAGUCGAAACAAACCACUUCGUUUUUAUGCGCUCACAGACGGCGACCCACACGGCAUGGCUAUCAUGUCGACAUACAAGUAUGGUUCGGCGGCACAUUUGCACGAGAAUGCACGACUGAGUAUCCCGCAGCUCCAGUGGCUUGGCCUUCGUGUUUCAGAUAUAAUCGCCGUCCCGGAGGUACUAGGCGACAAGGCCCUUCUCUCGUUGACUGAGCGGGAUCGCAGGAAGAUCAUUUCCAUGCUGCGCAAUAGCCCUGUGUGGGCAAGCAAUGGCCCGGAGAAGCAAUGGAGAGCAGAAUUGCAGCGCAUGCUGUUUCUGAACGCCAAGGCAGAGAUUGAAAUUCUGUAUGAGUGUAGCGGUGGUCUGGAGGGAUGGAUUGAACGUCGCAUGUUCCGACAGGAGUGA